AAGAAACCAGCUGGGUGGGGCUGACUGGGCUAGGCUGACCCCUCCCCGAUGGGGGGCGGUACCCCAGGGGGAGGAAUAGAGCAGAUCCACUAGAGCCUAGACACUGGAGAAAGAUGGCAGGAACCAGUGCAGGGGCCCGCUUCUACCGGCAGAUAAAAAGACACCCCGGGCUCAUCCCAAUGAUUGGCUUCAUCUGCUUGGGCAUGGGCAGUGCUGGGCUCUAUUUGCUGCGACUCGCACUGCGUAGCCCGGAUGUCUGUUGGGACAGAAAGAACAACCCUGAGCCCUGGAACCGCAUGAGUCCCAAUGACCAGUACAAGUUCCUUGCUGUUUCCACUGACUACAAGAAGCUGAAGAAGGACCGGCCAGACUUCUAAGGCAGAGCGAGAGGCCCAUGUAUGGCUUUUCUCCCAUCCCUGGCCUCAGACCCUAGCUCGUCAGUCUGGCGACACUGUCCAGCCUUUGCUUCAUGGGCUAGAUUCCCACGCGGACGGGACGGGAGGUGGCCCCACCCCCACCCUUGCUCCCAGUAGAGGAAGAACCUCUGACCCUCAGCUUGAGUCCCACGGUGGGGGUGGGGAGCCAAGACUUCAGGCAGAAGCUGGGAUCGACCCAAAAGGCCCAAGCCAAUUCCUCUCCUCCUACCCCCCUACAGCUAACUGGGUGUGGCACAGGCUACGUGUUGAGCGUGUCAGACGUGUGCCAACAGCAAGCAGGGGCCUGAGUGCCAAGCGACGUGGCAGGCCCCACGUUAGGGCAAGUUUUGAGCCAGGCUUGGGGGAGCAGCUGCCCAGGCUCGGCUGGGCUCAUCCCGUCUACCCAAGUCUGCCUAGGAUGGGCCUCCACCAUGAGGAGUGUUGCUCUCCUGCCUAAGCCUGUGCCCACCUUCAACGACACCCCCUCCCACCUUGCACCUGGGCCUCCCUGCUUUUCCCUACCCCUCCCUUCCCUUGCUCCUCAGUCCCUGGGGAUCAAACAGAAGCAGCCGUGGGCAAAAUACAAUUUCAUUUAACAAAUUGAA